UCCAGGGCCCAACACGAAACUUCGCGCUGAAGAGCUUUGGCAUCUCACGUUCAACGAACGCAAAGAAAUGCGCCAAAAAGGGACAUUUCAUUUGUAUCUCGAGACGUACCCUUCUGCUACUGCAUUCAACGGUUCUUUGAUUUCUCUGGAAUUUCGUUUGAUGCACCCAGCCGCUCCAGAUUAUGAUGAAAAACUCGCGCAUUUUCAACCGAAACUGUUGUUACGUUAUCAAGAACUUUUCAAACAUGUCAAGAAUGACUUUAUUCGAACGCUGAUGAUAAUUCGUCAGAAGUGCCCGAGUCGUGGUGCCAAACGGGCUCGUGACGGCGACCCAGCGAAAGAGAACAUUCUCAAGGGAAUCGUGGAAUGGAUCAACCCGGAAGAUCAGUAUCCCGAUUCGAGCGACGUGCCAAUCCUUUAUGUCAAAGGUGAUUUUCUUGAGACUGGUUCAAGUGCGGCUAUCAUUUGGAGGGGGAAUAAUGUUUUGCUGGAGCCGGAUCUAAAGGAUUGCUUCCGAAUACUUUGCGAAUCACAAGUUGUUUUCAACGCUGCCUGUACACCGACCGACAAACAGUGCUACGUUUUUGUGUUGAAUGUGUUUUUCGGAAUUGGGCAACUGACCACCACUGGAGAGCGGCUCCGACAAAGCAUCGAUUAGAAGGAUCUAUCCGGUCGACGCAGCUAUGGGAUGUGCUAGUAGAUCCGAUCUGCUAGAUGGCCUCAAUGCAACGAUAAAACAGUUCUAAAAUUUGUCCAAUGCUUUACAACUUUUGUAUCAUUCGUGAUUUUCUUUUUUUUAUUAUUAUUCUCAACUUUUGUCAACGUUUGCGAAUUAGUUAAGGCAAAAUGGAUGUUUGUUCGCUGUUUCCUUAUAUACAAUGAUAAAUAAAAAAGAGAGUACAUUUUCGUUUUA